AUGGAACAAUACUUCUGUAAGAAACAAAAAGAGAAACUAGAAAAGCACUAUGCUUCUUUCAAAGCACCAACAGAAUACAAACGUAGAGACAUAGCAACAGUGGAUACAAAAGGGUAUCCAGAACUCACUCGGCAUGGGAUUCCAAUGAAUGUCCCUGCCCUUCGUUGUGUCUGUCUUGCUCUCAUGAGAUUGUCAAAUGAAGUCCCUGAGAUCCUGGAAUUCAAUAAAUCAGGUCGGAGUGAGGCAAAGAUGUUGCUGAACGUUGGUCUGGUUCCAUCAGCAAAUAAGAAGAGGUUGUAUGACAAUGUCAAGUCAUUCUUACCGUCGGCAUUAGAGGCAUCACUGGCUGCUGGAAAUGCAGCAACAGCAGAACUCACUUUGUUUGAUGCGAGGACAGUAUUCAUCCGAGUACUUGCGGCAUUGGAUAUGCAAGCAUUCUUGAAGGUGGCUGAAGAGAAGCUGAGACCAAAGAUGCCGAAGCUGGAACCUCAUCUUCAGAAGGCGCUGCUGUAUGAUGCAUCUCUAUCGAAGAAUCAGUUUGAGUUGGUUCGAAAGUAUUUGAUUGUGGCACUCGGAUACAAUCCAUUCCAACCCGUCUCCAUGAUCAAAGCUCUUGACGUGGAGGUAUUUCAGCCAACGCACCUGUCGUUCAAGGAAGAUAAGCAAAACAAAAUGAGCCAUUACCGACCAGUUGAUGAAGCGAGCAAGUGGGCAUUGGACAAGGCAACAACAAGACUUACAGAGGCAGGAGAUAUCAAAAGAAUCGCCAAGUGUCACAUCGUCUUUGGGGGGGACCAUGGCCAAGGAGCCUUUCGUGCUGUGGCGACGAUUCUACUCUUGUCCAAAGGCCACGUCCACAAGUAUGAGCUUGAGCUGGAGAAUGACUUUCUUUGUGGCUUCAUAGAGUGCAAGAAGGAUAACGCGGUAACACUGAACUAUUCCCUUGCAAAGCCACUCAAUGAUUCCUUGAAGAGAACUGGACCGGAGCUUGUAUUUUGCCAAGACGAGGACUCCAAUCGGUUCAUCGAGUGGGGGAGGACGGACGAGAUCAGUCGACGGGAAGGCAUCAUUGUCUUGCAUUCGGUUGAUGUAGAGUUGUUUAUGGUUGGAGACCUCAAGUUUCAGCUGAUGGUUGAAGGUAGAGUUGGCAGUGGUCAUUGGUGCGCUCGUUGUAAGCUGGGGAAGACCGAGUGGAGCAACGCAGAAAGCUGCAUCGCAUGUGGUGAAGCUUGGACUUGGGAAAAGAUCGCUGCUCAAAAGCAGUCAGCUGCACGGAUCCAACAGCAGAAGAAGAGACAACCCAAGCCAAAUGAAACCCGGGGAUGUGUACAGCCUCCGAUCUUUGAUGCCAUUCCGGUGCAAAACUACCUCACUCCGGUGUUACACGAUGUGGACCUCUUUACCAACACAGUCAAAUCGCUGUUUGAUUCAUAUGUCGACUAUAGACUUGAGAACAGACCGAAAGAGGUGCUGGAAGUUAGGUGGGCGGAAGCAGAUGGGAUAAUUGAUGAGGAGGAAGCUGAUGAUAGAGUUUACACAGCAACUGACUUACUGAAGACAGCGAAAGCAUUGGGCAAUCCCCUUCUGAUAACCGAAGCAAAGGAAUCAUUGGAAGCGGCCAAAGAGGAACUGAAGGAAGCCAAGCAUGCGUUGUCAAAAGCCAAAGACGACCGGAGGAAGGUUGAAGAGUUGAAGGAGCAUGGAGCACUCAGUCGGGAGGUUCGACAGCAGCUGGAUGAACAAAUGGCCACUCUUUUCAACAUUCAUCGGUCUUCAUAUCAUGGUGGUGCAAUGGUUGGCAACUACUGCCGAAAGAUGCUGCAUGGUGCAGACACAGUGAUGGAUGCAGCUGAGGCAAUGCUCAAACAGAUCCCACAAGAGCUGAGAGCCAAGGGCUGUGAUGAUGCCGAAAUCAGCAAAUACUGCAACGGCUUCAAGCGAAUCCUCCAAUACAUGAGUAUCCUCUCGCACUACUGCUAUCAGCCGUAUGGCACAAUAACAGACAAUGAGAUUGCUUCAAUCCGAGACGUCUUGGUUCCACGCUUGGUGCGUCUCUUUGGAAAGAUGUCGACGACCCUCCCUCCGAAGCUCCAUAUGUUCGGUCACCUCAUCGAAGAUCUGGACCGCACACGAGGAAUGAAGUUCCACCACGAGUCAAAGAUAGAAGUCGCUCAUCAAAUCGGGAAACAGACCGAUCUGAGGUUCAGGUCAUUGGCAGCAAAAAAGGAAAAGAGGAUGAAAGCCGAAAUGAAGUUCGAAGCCAACUUGAAGGACGAUGCCGUGAAAGCCUCGCAGCAGGAGGUCAAGAACAAGAGAAAGCGACGAUUUGGAGAGAAAGCAAAAGCAGCAAGGCAGUUAGCAGCGGAAAGGAAAAAGGAACAGAGGUUGAAUUCGAUUGAGGAGAUCCUUGCGCUGCCGGAGAUCGAGGACGAGUUUCCCUCACUGCAAGAACUUACCAUAGUCGAUCGCAAGAGGACAAGAGAGGAGGAGCGUAUGAACAAGGCAAGGGAAGAAGCAGCGGCUUGA